AUGUCCAUGCACCUCUCUAUCCCCGGCAAUGGCCUCUUUCUAGCUUUUCUGAAUGGUGUCAUGCCUCUCACAUUUGUCAUCUCCAUUAUCGUGGCAUGGCCUCUGCGCAUUCAUCGGAGCUCAAUAGCUGCGGCAAUCUCACCCGCAAAGUUCUUUGUUCAAUUCUUUGUUCAAUUCUUUGUUCAACUUCCUUCCACCACAACGACCCAGUCGCACGACCGACAGCUGGCCACCCAGCAAAACCCCAUCACGAACCCCAUGGCUCCCUUGCCUCCCAACCGUGGCGAUGCGGACGGCGACGAAGGUCAGCCAGAGUCGUCGUCACGCGCUUCGCUCUCUUCCGUUUCUACGACCAGCCUGGUAUUCGACCGCCUCCAGGAAGAGGUCGAGAAAAAGCCCUCUGAUCGCAAGACGAGCUAUCGCGAUACCGACAACAACUACAAGCCCUUCCGCGACGAGGACGAGGACGAAAGCAAUGACCAUGAUCUAGAGAGUGGCCCCUUUCUUCCUCAGUCCGGCACUGGCGCUGGCGCCGGCGCCGGCAUCGGCAAGGAGAUCCCCAUGGACCGCAGCCUCAAGCGCGUGCUCUUCAUCACCUUUGCGGCUCUCGUCGCGUUCUGGUGCCUUGGCCUGGCCCUCUUUCUCUUCACUGGCGGCCAUAGGCAUGCCAGCGAUAGCGAACACGACCCCAACGCUGACUCGCGAGGUUCUGGGAAAUCUGUCACCCUAGCCCAAGUCCAGUCCGGAUUUUGGUCUCCCCAUUACGAAUCGAUUAGCUGGAUCGCCAGCCCGGACGGCCAGGACGGCCUACUCCUCGAGGAGGGCACCAGCGACCUCGGUCACCUAGUUGUUGAAGAUGUUCGCAACAGCCUUGAUACACCCGAUGCUGCUGCCAAUGCCGUGAGCACCAAGGUUCUCAUGAAGGAAUCUUCCUUCAAGCAUAGCGGCAACCAGCUCUAUCCCACAAAGCUCAUCCCGAGCCCGGAUCUCAAGAGCGUUCUUAUCGCUGUCCACCACAGAAAGAACUGGCGACACUCAUUCACAGCCGAGUACUAUGUCUUGGAUGUUGAGACGCAGGCUGUAGAGCCUUUGGUUCCGUGGGAAGAUGACGUCCGCGUUCAGCUCGCCACCUGGAGCCCCCAGAGCGACGCAAUUGCCUUUACUCGCGAUAAUAACAUGUUCAUUCGCCACAUCAGAGGCAGCAAGCAGAUUGUUCAAAUCACCAAAGACGGUGGCCCCGAGUACUUUUACGGCAUUCCCGACUGGGUAUACGAAGAGGAAGUCUUUAGCGGGAACAGCGCCACCUGGUGGUCUGCCAACGGCAAGUAUCUCGCUUUCCUACGCACCAACGAGACUGGCGUGCCCGAAUUUCCAAUCCAGUACUUCAAAUCACGACCCAGCGGUAACAAGCCCAGCGAAGGCGAAGAGUCAUAUCCCGACGUCGUCAAGAUCAAGUACCCCAAAGCUGGCGCGCACAACCCCGUCGUCGACCUCCUCUUGUUUGACGUAGAUGCAGGCGAGGUCUUCUCAGCUGAGGCCAAGGGCCAGUUUCCGCCCGAGAACCGCAUCAUCAACAACGUCCUCUGGGCCGGCGAUCAGCUCCUCGUUAAGGAGACAAAUCGAGUCAGCGACUUCCUCAAGGUCUUCCUGUUUGACGUUGCCAAACGCCAGGGUCAGAUAGUCAACUCGGUCAACAUCAAGGAUAUUGACGGUGGCUGGUUUGAAAUUUCGCACACAAUGGAGUACGUGCCCGCAGACUGGUCCAAGGGCCGCCGCCACGACGGCUACAUUGACAGCGUCAUCCACGAAGGCUACGAGCACAUUGGCUACUUUACCCCCCUCAACAACAGCGAGCCUGUCCUCCUGACCUCGGGUGCGUGGGAGGUUGACGACGCACCUUCGGCCGUCGACCUUGACAACAACCUAGUGUACUUUAUCGGGACCCGGGAAUCGUCCAUUCAGCGCCACGUCUACUCGGUCAAGCUCGACGGGUCCGACCUUAAGCCGUUCACUGACAUCUCUGAGGAGGCCUACUACAGCGUCACCUUUUCCUCGGGCGCCGGCUACGCGCUCCUCUCCAACCGCGGGCCCAAGGUGCCCACCCAGCGCAUCGUCGCCACCCCAUCCAACCCGGACCCCUACCACCGCGUCCUGGAGGACAACGCCUUGCUGGCUGAGCACGCGCGCACGCACGCGCUCCCCGUGCUCAAAUACGGCACCAUCGACGUCGCCGACAACGUCUCCCUUAACUACGUCGAGCGCCGCCCGCCGCACUUUGACGCGCGCAAGACAUACCCGGUGCUCUUCCAGCACUACUCUGGCCCCAACUCGCAGACCGUCACCAAGCGCUUCGCCGUCGACUUUCAGUCCUACGUCGCCUCGUCUCUCGGUUACGUCGUCGUCACAGUGGAUCCGCGCGGCACCGGCUUCAAGGGCCGCGCACACCGCGUCGUCGUCCGCGACCAGCUCGGCGUCGUCGAGGCCGCUGACCACAUUGCCGCCGCCCGCCACUUUGCCGCCCGGUCCUAUGUCGACCGUACCCGCCUCGCUCUCUGGGGCUGGUCCUACGGCGGCUUCCAGACGCUCAAGACGCUUGAGGCUGACGCCGGCCGCACUUUUUCGUACGGCAUGGCCGUUGCCCCCGUCACCGACUGGCGCUUCUACGACAGCAUCUACACGGAGCGCUACAUGCGCACCCCUCAGGAAAACCCCGACGGCUACGCCCGCUCCCGCGUCGCCAACGCCACCGCCCUCGGCCAGGCCACCCGCUUCCUCAUCAUGCACGGCUCCGGCGACGACAAUGUCCACUUUCAAAACUCUCUCACUCUUCUAGAUGACCUCGACCUCGCCGGCGUAGAAAAUUACGACGUCCACGUCUUUCCCGACAGCGACCACGGCAUCUACUUUCACAACGGCAACAAGAUUGUCUAUGAUAAAUUGAACAAUUGGCUCAUUAAUGCCUUCAACGGGGAAUGGCGCAAGACCGCUCAUCCCACACCUAACCCUAACAAGCGGCGCUCCGAGGAGCGGUUGGUCUUGUAA